AUGCAUGACGCGGCCCGCGUAACACUCAUUAGGGCCGAGAAUGGCGAUGACCGUGGACAGGGCCGCACAAUGUUUGAAAACAACGCCUACGCCUCUGGCGACGGCGGCGGAAUACUGAUGGCCUCUUGGGUGAAGGUCGAGACGAGUCUGCCGACGUCACUUCCGGUGGCGAACAGCGGGGCAACAAUUGCAAGCGUACACCUAACACUG